AUGAGUUUUCUGGGUAAAAUCUUCGGUGGCAAGAAGGAGGAGAAGGGUCCAUCAACACACGAAGCUAUACAGAAAUUACGCGAAACGGAAGAGUUAUUGCAGAAGAAACAAGAGUUUCUAGAGCGAAAGAUCGACACUGAAUUACAAACGGCGAGAAAACAUGGCACAAAGAAUAAGAGAGCUGCCAUUGCGGCACUGAAGCGCAAGAAGCGUUAUGAAAAGCAGCUUACCCAGAUUGAUGGCACGCUUACCCAAAUUGAGGCCCAAAGGGAAGCGCUAGAAGGAGCUAACACCAAUACACAGGUGCUUAACACUAUGCGAGAUGCUGCUACCGCUAUGAGACUCGCCCACAAGGAUAUCGAUGUAGACAAGGUGCACGACAUAAUGGACGACAUCGCGGAACAGCACGACAUCUCGCGCGAGAUCACCGACGCCAUCAGCAACAAUGUCGCCUUCCCCAACGACAUCGACGAAGACGAACUCGAGAAGGAAUUGGAGGAGCUCGAACAGGAGGAUUUGGACAAGGAAAUGAUCGGCAUCAAUGUACCCACGGUGUUGCCAGACGUUCCGUCCGCAGAUCUGGUGCACGACAAACCCAAGCCAAGCAAGUCCAAGAAGGAGGAAGACGACGAAGACUUCAAAAUGCUCCAAUCCUGGGCCACAUAA